AAAAGAGAAACUGAACGGCAAAAGCCAAGCCCCUUCUCGGCUUCUCCUCACACACGUUCCUUUUCCGGUUUUCCCUCAACGCUCAAACAAUGUUCUAAAAACUAAAAAGUAAAAACUAAACCAAAUUGGUUAAGUGAUCGAUUUUGGUUAAGAUGUAAAACAGCCUUACAAAAAUUGAUUAGAUAAUCGGACAAACCAGCGGUUAAUCGGUAAAUCACCGGAACCGGCCGGGUUUUUUCACGGUCUUUGGUUCAGACGUUCAGUGCAUCCGUGAAAAACGACGGCGUUUUGCAAUCACAAGGAAGAAGAACGAAGAAAUAUCCCACCCACUUUCUCUCCCACUCUGAAACUUAACCCUAAGCCCAGCCAGCCACCAUCACCGUCCCUCAUCGCUGAACUCUUCUCCUCCGGUACAGGGUGCUGUCGCCGCCGGCGGGGACAAAGCGUGGGUGCCGUCGCACUCUUCUCAUCGCAUCGCCGAACUCUUCUUAGUUCUCAUCGCUCCUCUUCUCGUCAUCGAGCUCUCUCUCUCUGUCCGAGGCCAGCAUCCCUCUUCGAGCUGUCUGUUGCUCUCAGUCCGAGUUCACUUCCCCUCCUCCGUUGCCGUCACUUCCCAUUCCUCCGUCGCCGUCACUUGCCUUCCUCCUUCGCCACCAACGGCUGCAGUGACGAAGCUGUGACUGACGACAUAGCAGCGACCGUGAUACUGGGAGAGGAGAAUAGAGGCUGCCACGGCAAGAGCAGAUCGGCAGCAAAAGCAGAGGACCUCUGGCGAGACUGGCUGGGGUGGGUGCGGCCCAAGGAAACAGAGGGUUUUGUUCCUCAGUCUCUUUUUGUUACUGUGGCUGUUUUGAGUUCACUUGAAAAUCACCCCUAUGCACUCAAUAUAUCGUUCUACUGCCAGCGAUUCCGCUAGCCUAUGUUGUAAGGUUCUGGUAUCUAGAAGUUUCUCUUCACAGUUAGUAUCUUCUCACUGUGUAGGAGCUAGAGAGUUUUGGCAUGAAGAACAAUGUCUAGGGCUUACUAAAUAUGCUGACAUUCUCAUUGCAAAAGCUAGCAAAGGGAACAGCGACCAAGAAAUUCUCCGGUCUCUGUUCAAUGAUCCAGCUUGUGAUGGUAUACAUCUCUCUCAGAACCUUAUUCAAAGGUUACUCCAUCGAUUUAAAGACGAUUGGAGGUCUGCAUUGGGGAUAUUCAAAUGGGCCGGUUUGCGAUCAGGCUUUAGACACUCGCCGGAAUCGUAUGAUAUGAUGAUAGACAUAUUAGGGAAAAUGAAGCAAAUGGAAAAGUUGAGAGAUUUCUUGGAAGAAAUGCAUGAGGUGGGUCUUGUUACUCUGAAUACUAUAGCUAAGGUGAUGAGGAGGUUUGUUGGUGCAGGACAGUGGGAAGAUGCAGUAAGGAUAUUUGAUAGCUUAGAAUCUCUUGGGUUGGAGAAGAACACCGAAUCCAUGAACUUGUUGCUUGAUACGCUAUGCAAAGAGGAAUUUGUUGAACAAGCUCGUGAAAUUUUCUUGGAGCUAAAGCAGCACAUUGCUCCAAAUGCUUAUACGUUUAACAUACUUAUACACGGCUGGUGCAAAGUCCGUCGUGUGGACGAGGCACAGUGGACAAUCCAAGAGAUGAAAGGACAUGGUUGUCACCCUUGUGUUAUAAGUUACUCAACCAUCAUCCAAUGCUAUUGCCAAGAACAGAAUUUUGACAGGGUCUACGAGCUGCUUGAUGAAAUGCAAGCACAUGGUUGCUCCCCAAAUGUGGUCACUUAUACUACCAUCAUGUCUGCAUUGGCGAAGGCAGAAAAAUUUGAGGAAGCUUUGCAAUUAGUUGAGAGAAUGAGGUCUGUUGGAUGCAAACCUGAUACCUUAUUCUAUAAUUCAUUCAUUUACACAUUAGGGAGAGCAGGCAAAGUAGAUGAUGCUACGUUUGUAUUCAAGGUGACGAUGCCUAAUGAUGGUGUUGUCCCAAAUACAUCCACCUAUAAUUCAAUGAUUUCUAUGUUCUGUCAUUAUGCACAAGAGAAUAGGGCUUUUGACACAUUGCGGGAGAUGCAAGAUGCGGGCCUCUGUAAGCCUGAUCUUCAAACUUACCACCCAAUGAUCAAAUUAUGCUUUAAAACGGGAAAAAUAGAUAGUUGGUUGAAGGAUAUAUUGAAUGACAUGGUCAACAAACAUCAUCUUGGUCUUGAUAUCUCUACCUAUACACUUCUAAUUCAUGGGCUCUGUAGAGCAGAUAGAUACAAGUGGGCAUACUCUUUAUUUGAGGACAUGAUUGAUCAAGAUGUAAUGCCUAGAUUGAAAACUUGUCGUUUGCUAUUGGAAGAAGUCAAACAGAAAAAUAUGUAUGAAGCCUCCGAGAAAAUUGAGGACCUUAUGAAGAAAAUGUUUUCAAAUAUGGUUUCUCCAAUGAUUGCUGAGGUUAGCGAAACAUAAUGUGGCAUUUGAAUCAAACGAGUAGGGUUUUGCAGAGAUUGAGAUACUAGUAUGGAAUAUUGAAAUGAGAAUACUGGAGCUUACUUGCCUGAAGCCUCUGUCCAUACUCUUGAUGUAUAUAUUGCUGCCAGUCACAGGCAUACAAGUACCAGAGACCACCCAAAUCCUAUCGGUUCAGUGCCGAGUGAUAAUAUCAAAUUUUAUCACUAUCAAGCAAAUGGAAAGUAAAACACAACUGAGCUACCUAUGUUGUGAAAAUAUCCUUGCUCGUUUUCUUUGCUUGGUUAAUGUCUUGCUACUUUUUAACGGCAAGCAACAACAAUACUUCGUAGAAGCUUACAUUGAUGCUAAAAGAAGGUAGUUUUGGUGUUAGAUCAUGACUGAGAAGGGAAAAGGCAAGUACUGCAAUUAUGGUUCGCUGAUCAGAAUGUGAGGUUCUAGAUCCAGAGUGGUAAUGGAAAUCUUAACUAGCAGUGUGAGAUUUGGCAUGUGAAUGAGUUGAAUAGGGUAAGUAGAUCAUUUGGGAAAUGCAGUUAAAGUAGCAGCUCAAGUGCAGGUCAAAGCUUUUCAUGUGCCUACUACUCCUUUCACAUCAAUGACUUGUUCUUGUUCAUUUAGGUUAUGCUCUCAUCUUUCCCAUUCAGUGAAAUUCCUUAAUUCCCUCUUGUGUUUUUUAAUCUUAAUAGUAUAGAGUAUGCAAACUGGUUUACAGUUUAUAUUUUGUUAUUUAACUUAAUGAACUUGUAGAUUCAGGAAGUUGCUGCUUAUCUGUUGUAAAUUGUUAGUACAAUUAUUUACCAGGUAUUUAAGAUUUUGCUGAAGGCCAAAUGAACCCUACAGUUGAUAAAUAUUUAUCAGCCAUUUCACAUAUUUGAUUUGUAUGGUGCCGUUGUAAAUUUUGUAUGCCAAUGCUGCCAAUUGUAAGAAGGCUUUUGGAGUUUUGGAGGUA